AUUACCGCCAAAAGAAACAAUGGAUGAUUUUGAUUAGAUCCAAUUUGAAAAGAAUUUGUUUAUCUAUUAUAAGCAUUUAUUCCCAAUAUAAAUGAUAGUAGAAUGGUUAACAUAUGCAAAAGAUAAUUAACCUGAAAAAAAGUAUUUUAGCAGAAGAGAAUUUUCUUUUGAAAAGAAUAUAGGAGGAGAAACCAUUUAUUAAAGAUAUUAAUAAUUUUAAAAUGCAAAUGGACUCCAGUAAUUUCUUUUGGAAAAUAAUUCACUUGAUUAAUAAUCCUCAUUAAUAAAAUAUGAUAUUGGUGCUGUUUUUGAUAAGUGUCCUAAAAAAGGUGAAAAACUAAAAGCAUUAGAAAAAGAAAUUGUAAUUGAUAUUGAUAUGGAUGCAUAUGAUGAAGUUCGUACAUGUUGUUAAGGAGCAAAAAUUUGUGAAAAAUGUUGGAAAUUUCUUUAAGUAGCCUGUGAAAUUUUAAGGCCAGCUUUAUUUUAGGAUUUUGGAUUGGAACAUGUUUUAGCAGUCUAUUCAGGUAGAAGAGGAAUACAUUUAUGGGUUUGUGAUAGUCAUAUUAGAAAAUCUACUAAUGAAGUAAGAUCUGCAAUUAUAGGAUAUUUGAAUAUUAAUAUAGGUAAUGCUGAUGCAGAAGAAAUCAUAAAAGAAGUAAAAUAAGAUAAAAUUGAAUAUUUACAUCCUUCUAUUUAAAGAGCUUACUUUAUAGCACAACCAUAUUUUCGACAAGUGAUCUUAACAGACCAAAAUAGUCUAAAAAUAGAUACUGUUAAGAAAAAGAUUCUUACUAUUUUAAAAUAAGCAAAAAUUCUUAAUUCUAAAUUAGAGAAUAUUAUUAAGGAAUCUAAUGAUUCUGUGUAAAUUUGGGAAACUAUUUGUUCUUAAGAUUCAGAAAGACUUGAUAUUGCAAAAUUAUAAAUCAUUUUAAUGUGUUUAUAUCCUCGUCUUGAUGCACAUGUUAGCACAACAAUAAAUCACUUGUUAAAAGGACCUUUUAGUAUUCAUCCAAAAACAUGUAAUAAUUUACUUUUACAAAAUUAGAACGUGUUUGUGUUCCAUUUAAUCUAAAAAAUAGUUCAUAAUUCAAUCCAUUAGAUGCACCUACUCUACCUAAUAUUAUAAAAGAAUUAGCAUAAAUACCAGAUGAUUAAAAAAAAAGAGAAAGUGAUAAAUAUGUUUUCCCAUUUCUAGGAAAAUAAAUAGGAUGCUUAUAACCUUAUUUUUAAUUAUUUGAAGAUUUUAUCUCUAGAUAUAAUAAACCUAAAAUUAGCUGAUGAAUUAAUUAUUAUAUGAA